UGAUUUGCUUCGGUCGGAGUUAGUAAUAAUCUCUGAUUAUGUAAUUUAUGCCUCAUGGUCACUGUUUCUCCCCGGACGACGACGACAAGAACAUUGUCGGUGCCAUUCGACGCGUUCCCUAUGCCAGUCACUCAUUUGAUUGUCUGCUCAAGUUUCACCACUCGCUCUCAUCAUCCCACGUCCAAAUAUUCCCAGACCGCGUCUUCCAACAAGUUUCUUUCGUUUCUUCUGCUCCACGAACUCCUUCUCGUAGCCCAGUCGCGUCUCAUAUUUUCAUUUCGCCCCCAGCUCCCAAUAGGAACAGUUGUGAUUCAUGGAAUAGCUCAAACUAUGAUUUUGACGACCCUAACUUAGACUGGAAGGAAGAUGAAGUUAGGUUACUUGGCAGGACCUUGGAUGCUCUACCUUCUCAUCUUAUCACACCUUUCAACGGCUCAAUUCCGCCUCCGAACCUUCUUGACAAGAUUGCACGUGGUAUCACUGCUGCCAAAGGCCCAAAUGACUGGCCCCAUUCCGUCACCGCGACGCGUGCUAAAUUGCUCGACCUGGCCCGCGCAAGAGCAAUGGAGGAGCGGAGAAAGUCCAUCAUUGAUGAGGACGUCAUCUUUCUCAGCGGCAAUGUACAUCGUCCAGCAGAUAUGAGCAAAUGUGCUGAGCGCAACGAUACUUCACCAGACGUACUUCAACCUACCACAAACACUCCUAAGCGCCACCCACUAUACAGGCAGUCCAGUAUGGAUUUCAUGACUGACGCAAAAGCUGACCAUAACGAGAGCAUCGCUCGCCUCUCGCACCGUCUCCAACGACACGAGCACACUUUCCACCACCCGUACUUACGUCCUGCUCACUUGCGUCGCCCAAUGGAACAUUCCUUUACUCCCUCGACACCCAGCUCAUCAACGCUCAAUGCCUCCCAGAGCAAUAUACGAAAGUCCACUGCGUCUUCAAAUUCAAAUUCUACCUUUGGCACUCCCAUUUCCUCAUCGGCGCCUCUCCGUCCUUCCUCCCUGCGCAGAUCGUCCACGUUGACCCUCGCGAGCUCUUGCGAUAUGCGCGUAGAUCCGGAAGGUGAUGGCGAGAAUCUAUUCAAGACUGCCGAAUUUCGCCGUAGCGGAGGGUAUCCUGACGCAGCUAUCGUUGGUGUAAAGGUAAAGAAAGUCCCUACGCAGCCUACUAGUCCAAGGACACCGUCAACAAAGAAUGCUAAGACGUCCUAUUCAAAAACAAAACCUAAAGUCCUCGCUCUAUCCGUAAUCUCCCCGCCAAAGACACCUCCAUCCAAACCUCGAGUGCUACCCACUACCUCAAUCAAAGCAGCCACGCCCAUCAAGCAGCCUAAAUUUCGCAAGGGACACAUGCCUUCCCUAUCCAUCUCCUCCGACGAAGAGGAGACAGCACGUUCUCAACGUGCGAAGAAGCCCCGUACGAGUGAACCUUCGUGGUCGCUAAUCGCCUCCUCAGACACACAUGCACGACAGACCCUGCCAGUUUUGGCACCAACGCAAAUUACUACUACAUCGUCUGUGCACAAGGAUCAGGCUAAAAAACGCGAAUCUGGGCGAAGUGCUUUUUCACUGCCCAAAGCUUCCUCUAGCUCGUCGGAGAACGACAACGAAUUUUCGACGGCGAGUGUGGAGACUGCUGCAACAACCGUUUCGCUCUCUACACCUGCCUUGCCAGUGUCUAUGCCAAAGGCAAAACCCAAGCCAAAGGAGACGGUGGAACCGAAGGCAACGACGAAGCUAAAGCCCAUCCGCCGCAACCUGAUGCGCAACCCCUCGAUGUUUGGUCCUGAACUCCCGUGUCCACAGGCAACUCCAUCGCCUCCGUCGCGUAUCCCGCUGUCAUCUCCUAUCGGAUCUCCUGUUGCAGUAUCCCGUGCGUCUCCCGUGACUGCAUCUCCGAGUACGCCUUCGAUGUCCCCAAGAACACCUGCUACACCUCUGCUCGCUACCCAGACACGUCCACGCACGCUUCGCCGUGCUGCUCGUAGGAUCUCGUUUGGGAGCCUGAGAGCUGCGAGUCCUGUUUUGUCUGGCGAGAGUGGGGUGGUCACGCUUGGGAGUGCGUUUCAGCUUGCUUGAUUUCACUUUCAAUGGUCUAGUGUGAGCGGUGCUCACAGACAUUCAUCUUAUCUUAUCUUCGAUGCUUCA